AUGUCCCAUCUCGACGCCUCUAAACUCUUCGCCCUCAAUGGCCUCGUCGCCGUCAUCACCGGCGGCGGAAGUGGCCUAGGACGCACAAUGGCCCUAACACUCGCCCAAAACGGCGCCUCCAAAGUCUUCGUGCUCGGCCGUCGAGCCGAUGCACUGGACGAAACAGCAUCCCUCUCGCCCCAUCCGGGCGUCAUAAUCCCCAUUGUAGCAGAUAUCACGUCCAAGGACUCCCUGGAAAGCGCAUACAAAACUGUCGCUUCUCAAACGGAGUAUAUCGAUUUGCUCAUUGCAAACAGCGGGACAAUCGGGCCCCGGAACGCGCGCAAUUUCACAAAGGAUGGCGAACCCGUUCCUCUGGAGGAGUACAGAGAAUUGCUCUGGUCAAUUGACCCCAACGAAAUGACUAAUACCUUUCACGUUAAUGUAACGGGCGCCCAUUUCACAGUUGUCGCGUUCCUACCCCUCCUAGACGCAGCGAACAAGCGUCAUCCACCCCAAGUCCCCAACAGCGGCGUCCUGAGCCCUCCCAGGCCCCAAGUCAUCAUCACCUCCUCAAUCGGCGGGUUUAUGAGGCAAGUUGUCUCGGGAUUAGCAUACCAACUCUCAAAAGCAGCCGUGACAUCACUCAUCAAGACACUCUCAACGACUCUACUCGAAUACCACAUCCGAGUCAAUGGUAUUGCGCCGGGGAUAUAUCCGAGUGAUAUGACUACUACCCGGCUGGAAGAGUUUGGGACUCGGCAUGGGAUUACGGAAGGGGAUGUUCCUAAGGAUGCUGUGCCGUUGACGAGGGUUGGGUCCGAGCAGGAUAUUGCCGGGCUUGUGCUAUUUAUGGCUGGUGCAAGUGGUGGGUAUUUGAAUGGGGCUAUUGUUGUUUCGGAUGGGGGGAGGUUGGCUUCGAAGCCUUCUAGUUAUUAG